GACUUCCGAGUUCGAAUAUUAUUCUGGAGGCUCAGUUUUGCGUUGUGUCUCUACACAAUGUGGCCCACUACUCCCCUUUUUGCUUCCCUAACAAGGGUUUCUAUGCCUUUCAAGCGUUCGCAGGAGGGACUUUUUCACGGAAAGAUGAAGCAGUACGGAAACAACGUGCCCUUCUCCAAACACAAAACACGGCGGACAUGGCUACCCAAUGUCCAAAGCAAACGUCUGGUCUCAAACCUCCUCGGCGAGGAACUGAAACUGAAGCUUACGACGAGGGCCCUAAAGUCUAUCAAAAAGCAUGGAGGUGUCGAUAAUUAUCUUUUGAACACCAAACAUGAAUUGUUGGGAUGGGAAGGCAUGCGGUUGCGCAUUCUUGUGCGAGAAAAGGCGGACGAGAAGCGUAAAGUGGAGGAGGAACUGGCGGAAGCGCAGGCGGCUGAGGCUGAACGUGUAAGGCGGAAGGAAGAGGUAAAGGAGAUGAGGCUGAAGAAGCUGGAAGAGGCUAGUAGGCAGAAGAGGGAGGAGCAGAAGAGACGAAAAACUACGGAAGGUAUAUUGGGGCGAGGCGGGCCUUCGUCUACGCCAGCGUCGUUGACGAUAUAGACCUGUCGCCUAAAAACCAAGGAUAUUGGCUUUUACUACCUCCUAGACGUCCACAACUGAAUGGGUGCCCGGACGGAGAUGCAUAUAAUUGCAGCCGGACGAAGGAACUCUGACACGACUGUGGCUGUUUUUCCUGUAUUUUAAGGAUAUCUUCGCUCUGUUUAUUAUCGCUCAGGCCUCGGGAUUGGGCGAAUCUAAUUGCUGCAUUCACGUAUGAACAAUCUGACGCGGCGAUGUCCUUUUGAGGUCAGGUGUGAGUUGAAUGAUUUUCAAC